UAUUUUAUAGCUCGAGUGUCACCUGCAAAGUUAUUGCGUUGCCAUUCAAUAUAUGUUGAUCAGUGCAUUUUGAUGUAAGUUGCCUCUUCGCCAGGUCUAAGGGAAAAACUACAUUUUGAGCAGCAUGUGAAACGAAUUCUGAGAAGUCUGUUGUUCAACACCGUCUGAAACAAGCAUUACACAGAUGUUCAUGUUUCUCAGUUGAUAGUUCUCAGGUUUUGACAGCUGGCUGAUCCUGCCCCAUUAUCUGCUUUUAGAGAAGUUGAUGAUGAGUAUGACAUCUCCUCUCCAAGGCCCAGGAAUCUCCGAUUCAAACUAGACAGCUCUGCAAUCGUUAUGUUGAAAUACGUUUGUUACUGAGCAACUGUCUUAAUUUAGUCCCAUUGAGGCCGAUAUUCAAAUAAAGGUCUAAAUACAAAUGUACACGCAAUCGAAAGAAUGCCUAUUCACUCACAUCCCAAUGAUCCCGGAUAGCACUAACCAUACUGCCAUGCACAAGUCGGAAGUCUACAACAGCUCAAUACAUUGUACAUUGUAGGUGCCGAAUAGUGUUGUUUUUUUCCCCCUGUUGCAUGUAAAACAUUUUUUUAAAUCCUUUUUUGGAAGUACAUACCGGCCGACACGGGAGUACAUUUAGACAGUUGCUCAUCGAAACCAUACUUUUGGUCAAUACAGAACGUAUUUUUACAUAACGCUUGCAGAGCUGUCUAAUUGCAGUUUGAAUCGGAGUUUCAUGUUAGAGACGAGACACUCAUCGCUGACUUUUCUAAAGCACAGAUACUGGCUGGUGCAGACAGAAAAUGUCAGGGGGGUAAUAACCAUGAACGAGGAAUAUGAAACAAAAUACUUCUGCAACUCAGCUGAGGAGUGGAAAGCCGAGGGGGUGGAGCAGCUGCGACUCAGCACAGUGGACCUGACCGGUGUGCCCAGUCUAGAGAACCUGCACAGAGGAGUGGAGUUUGCACUCAGUCACCGGGAAAAGGGCUCCAGUGUGUAUGUCCACUGUAAGGCUGGACGCUGUCGCAGUGCUACACUAGCUGCUGCAUACAUCAUACGGAUACACUGCUGGAGUCCAGAGGAAGCAUGUCAGAUGUUGGCCUCUGUCCGACCACAUGUAAUAAUUCGUUCUUCACAGCUGGAGAUGCUUCGGCGGUACCAUCAGCAAGUCUGUGGCGGGGAUUCCAUUUAAGAGUGAGGCUGCAAGCAUACUUAUUGCACUUCUACAGAAACUAAAAUUAGCGUUUGUCAAGACAAACAAUAUGCUGCUUGAAGGGAUUUUUGACCUUGAGCUCAUUCUUUUACAUAGUUUUGUUACUCAACUGGAUCAAGUGUAUAUUGUAUAAUUCUCAAAUGUUGUAUAAUUCAAGUGUCAUCACAGCUCAUCAGAACAUGGGGUAUAAUAAAUUGCCAUCCCCAUCAAAGUACUGACGGCUGGGUGAAGGGGGUGUAUUUAAAAGCAUGUUUCCACAGAUUUUUUUUUUCUUAAUUAGGACAUUUGAUUACAAUUUCUACGUUAAGAAAAUGUGUUAUUUUCAUUGUUACUAAUUUCACUGAUUGUUUGAUAGUGUUCUAUAUGGGUUGUAAAAACAUAUUGGAAAAGAAUGACAUUAUUAUAGAAGGAUAGCUAUUGAUACUUAAUCCAUUGAAACAUAACCGGAGUGAACACGGGGCCUAAUUGUCUGGAAAGCCCAUGUUGAAAUGAGCGUUUGAAUCAGGAAAGUUUACUCACGACCUCUACCAACCAGAAUGUUGAAUGAAGUGAUAUGUUAACGUACUUUAGCGGUUCUCUGUGCAGUUGGUCGUUUUGGCAGUAGGAAUGUGAGACAAUAUCCACAGGAAAGUAUAAUUAUGCCGAACAAAAAUAUAAAAUGCAGCUUGUAAAA